ACUUUACGAAAUUACCAUUAUUUUCGAUAAGAAUUUCGCAAGGUGCUGAAGAACCGAUUGGUGAUUUUUAUGGACUUGCACAUCUUCAAACCGACAAUCUGGUCCCAUUUGGGUUACGUCUAGGUGCGUUGCGACUCCCUUCUCUUGCUCCAGCCUUGUGACCUGGUGACCUCUCUUACUCUCGAGCACGGCUCGUCUUCGCCGAGUUGUAGAUUUGUAGUGGGACGGGUUGUAUCGUGAAGUGUGAAGAACGGUUCUUUGUAAUGUGGCGGCUUUUGGGAUUUGGAGUCGUUUUUGCCGCCGUCGCGGCGCUCAACAACCAGGUUCCUAAAACUGGCUUUUCCUGCGAGGGUCGUACUACCGGGUACUACGCCGACGUUGAAAGUGGUUGUCAAGUCUAUCACAUGUGUGAUGGUUUGGGUCGCCAGUUUAGCUACACUUGUCCCAAUGCAACUCUCUUCCAACAAAGAAUGUUAAUCUGUGACCAUUGGUACAUGGUCAACUGUAGCAAAUCCGUCGAUGACUAUACUGCCAACUUGAGAAUCGGACAUAAAGAAAUGCCCUUCGUCGACGAUAACGAAGCGAAUCCUUACCAUAGGACUCCAAGGCCUGACCUACUGUCACACCCGAGUCAGUCUGAAUAUGACAUUAUAUACCGGACAGGGAGGGCUCAAUUUGGUACUAAUCUGAAUCUAGUCGGUGCUGAAUCAGACCCGAAGAAUAGUACUACUAGUACUACAGACGAACCCGCUUAUUCCUUACCCAGCCAUUGGUCGACGGAGUACCACCAUCAAGUGACCACAAGUAAACCACCAAAGCCGGUCAAAAAGGCUAAACCCAUCAGUACCGUAAAUACAAUCACGGAUUCUCCAGUUGUUAACUACCAGUCGUACUGUAAAGCUACGACUCCUGUGUUUCCCAAAAGUGUCGAUGUGACAGAAGCACCCGAUUUGGGGUUAUUGCCCCCCGAUGUUAGUACCGAAACUCCGGUAAAUUUCGAGUCGAAAUUCAAAGCUACGACUCCAGUGUUUCCGCAAAGUGUCGAUGUGACAGAAGCACCUGAUUUGGGGCUGCUACCACCUUUGCCGUACCGAAUGAAUGGUAGUAAUCCCAGUGAGAAUUUAGUCGUUAGUACUGAAACUCCGGUAAAUUUCGAGUCAAAAUUUAAGGCUACAACUCCAGUCUAUCCUAAAACUGUUGAACUGACAAGUGAAGAACCCGCCGAUGUGGGUGUUUUGCCUCCUAAAGACAGAAAUUCUUCUGAAACUGAUCAAAAUGUUCCCUCCUUAAGUAUCGAUUUUGAGCCACCAGCCGUCGAUUCUAACUUCAAACCGGGUGAUCAUUCCCAAGAAUUACAACCGGAAUUACCCUCUAAGUUCUACCAACCUCCGAAAUUUGAGCCUGACUAUACAGAAUUGGCAAAACAAUCACAGGAGAACAGUCAUGAAAGUCAAAAAGGUGGUUUUAAGGCACUUAGUAGUAGUGAAUGGGAAGAUUUAAGGAAAAAAUUUUUAAUUCCUGAUUACGAAUUUCCGUUGGAGACUGUUUCUAGACCUAGUUAUGACAGUGUUUUGAGUUCGUUUCAAGUAGGACCAGUGCCAUCUGAGAAAGAGUGAAGUAGUACUGUAUGUAUAUGGGAAAAACUACAUUUUUCCUUUAAAGUCUGAUACCAAAGUUGGGUAAUAGCAUGAGAUACUCGUAUUUAAAAUUAUGUAUGAUUGUAAAUAAUAGCUCCGAUGUACUUAAUAAUAACAGAGUUGGAAAAACCAGUCAAUUAUAAUUACCACAACCAUUGUUAUAAGUGUUUGUAUAAGUGUAAAAUACGCACGAAUAAAAUAGCUUUAAGUAAAUCGGGUUAUAUAAUUGUAAUGUCGCCAUUUUUUUCUAAGGACCCACACUUAAUUUAUACUUUUGUAACAGGAUAAUUAAAUAAAGAAUGUAAAACAGA